UUCUUCAUUGUUUUGGUCUUUAGUCGAAUUUGGUUUCAAUUCCUAUUAAGAAAUUAUCGUAUAUUUUCAGAUAAAUUGUUGAUAAGUUGAUGAAUUGUGGGUUAAUUUUCAACAGGCUCAUGCCAAUGUUUCCACUUUUCAUCUAUAUCAACUCAACAUAAAAAAAGUUCGCCUUUUUUCGAUGUGUACUUUUAUGCCUCCUGUGUGAAUAAUGAAGCGACGACACGACCAGACACUCCGAAGAAAAAUUGAGAUAAAAAGUGUCUGUGAGGGAUUUACCGUCAGUCACCAAAAAUAUAGCAGCCCCUUGAAAACGAUAAAAAUAAUCUUCUCGAGCAACACUGAUUCACUUGCUACGAACUAGUAACCAAGGAUUCAGAAUAAAUAAACAAAUUAUUUGAAGAAAUUGUAGAACAGUUCGGUGAUUCAAAUUUCGUGCCCUCAGUCCCACUUUUUAAGAGCAGAUAAGGGAAGUGGAACAUUCAAAUCGCCAUCAUCGGUGCUUGCAAUAAUUAAGUUCGACGUCUUCAUAAAUGCUCCUAGAGUUGGACAUGAACAGUCAACAAGGUCUAUAUACUAUUCCCUAGGAAACCCUAGGAAUUCAUUCCCAGGUAUAAUUUAGUCCAGCACAGAUCUCCUAUCAAUAAAUAAAUGAGUCUCGGUUUGACGAUGGUUCCAUAAAUUCUGUACAUUCUUUCCACCACUGGCGCUAGUUAGACGCAAAUUCCACACCUCUCGGGAGGGGGCCUCAAAAAGUGGCAUAUACGAUUAAAAGCGUUCUGAAUAGCCGGCAUUGCUGGAUAUAUAAUAAUGAUAUUUUCGCUGGAUUGCGCGAAAAGCUUGUGAAAGAACUGGUAUUAAUAUGGACAACGGAAUACGAAAUAAUACAGGAUCUCUAGAAAAUUUGCCGUCGAUUAGCUCAAUGCAACCCAAAAUUUCAUCGGUAAGCUGUUUAGCAGAUCAACAAGCCCACAAACGUAAACUUACGGAAAACGACUGUCCACGACAGGCGACAGCAAAACGUAAAAAAGUAUUUAACUACGGCAACUACGAUCGCUAUUAUGGUUAUCGAAACAUUCAGAAAACACCCAUGGAUGAUGUUCGAUUGCAAGCAUUCAUUGAGCAAAAGGAGUUGUUUGUGGGCAAAAAUAUGUUGGAUAUUGGAUGCAAUAACGGAUCUCUGACUAUUUUAAUUGCAUUACAUUGUCAGCCAAGUAGUGUAGUUGGAAUUGAUAUUGAUGGGGAUUUGAUAGGUAGCGCACGUCGACACCUGUCGACUAAACUAAAAUCGUGUCUUUUAGAAAAUGUUGACGCAACUUCUUUAAAGUCUGUAGAGUUUCGACGGGCAAACUACGUAUAUCAAGACGAGAAACUCUUGGAAAAUGAGAAGCCGCAGUUUGACGUAAUUUUAUGUCUUUCCGUUACCAAAUGGAUCCAUUUGAAUUUUGGAGACGAUGCAGUUAAAUUAACAUUUAAGCGGGUAUUUCGGCAACUUCGGGACGGAGGUAUAUUUGUUCUCGAAGCACAACCUUGGAGCAGUUAUAAACAUAAGAAAAAACUUACUCCUGAAAUUUAUGAAAAUUACAAGUUGAUUCAAUUCCGACCGGAAGACUUUUGUGGGUAUCUGAUGGGUGAUGAAAUCGGGUUUCGAGAAACAUUUGAACUGAAAACGGCAAACCACUCGAUGAAGGGUUUCCGAAGACCUAUUCAUGUGUUUCUAAAGUAGUGAUAAAUAAAAGUGUAGCU